UCAUUAAGUUCAAGUUGGGUCGUUUCUGCCGUGAUCGUGGAAUGGAAUAUGGACUUCUGUUAUAACUCUAGUGGACAACAAGAAAAGAGAGAACAGUACGCAACGACUCAAGACGUAUGAACAAUGUCAUUUGGCAUUACUUUUGGCAGUGUCGGCGAUUUGAUUGCCGUUGGACAACUGGCAUUCACGCUAGCCAGAGCUCUAAACGACCGCCACGGAUCAGCGAAAGCGUAUCAAGCGCUGAUCAAGGAGCUCAAAAACUUCGAUAAUUCCCUCCUGCAGGUGAUAGCAAUAUGGCAGAACUAUGAGACAGCCCCUCAGCUAGCCGACAUAUACGCCAAAGCCAUGGAGACAGUCAAAGAUUGCCACGACUUGCUGAAUUCGUUCUCCACUAAGAUUAGAGAGAAAUACGACAGCAGCCUCGGAGGAAAAGGGGACUCGAGUAGCUGGGUGAAGACUGCAGCCAAAAAGACCUUGUGGCUCACGGAAAAGGAUGAUGUGGCCGAGCUGAGGGCCAGGCUCCAGACGGGUAGUAACGCCAUCAUGCUCUUUACACUGGCCGCUAUGAGUGAUGUCGACCAACAAGCGAGGGUCGCGAGUGUUCACUCCCUUCUCCAGAACUCCUUGAAGCUCGCCGAAGUACACCAAUCAAAACUCCAAGAGAUUGAUGCAAAGUACUCAAGUCAAGAAAACCGUUACUGAGCUUAGGGAAAUUCUCGUGGCCAUCCAGACCUGGAUUGCAUGCCUGCCGCGUCAAACCAGCAUCCCAACCGGACUGGGAGGAUGCUGGCAACAAGCACCGGUUACGUUCGAAGACGCCCUUGGCCGCCUCGUCCCGAUUCCGCUCAAGCUGGUUAAUUCUUGGAGUGGA